AUGUCGAUGCAGGCGUCGGAACUCUACGCCGACGAGUCGUGCGAGGUGGGGGUGUCGAUCCAUAUCACGUCGACUGCGUCCUGCGUGAGCUCCGAGUGCGAUGCCAUUACGAUUGCAAGCAACACGUACUACCUGGAAAGAAGCUGUGCACCCGACGUGUACGAGCACACGGAGGACUUUUUCGACGCGAAGCCCUACUUGCACGUUGCGCUGUACGCCGAGUCGGACUGUGCGACGUACGUAGAAUCCACAGCGUAUGCGGCCGAGGGCAAGUGCGAAGCCGCUGGCAUCAAUGGCCAGCGCGUCAUUGCGACGCUCUACACGGACGGCACGGCGUCGCUCAUGUACUUCCUGGAUCAGGACUGCACGCUGCCGUCUUCCUCGCUCUACUCGAUCUCGCGGAACGAUAUCAGCAACCACCCGUGCUCGAACGGGAGGCGCUAUUACUCGAGUUCCUCCGAAGGGCCGGCUUCCACGGGUUUCCACAGCCACAGCGUCCCCAAUACCAGUCACGGGAUCUCUGGCCUCGCGAUCGUCGGAAUUUUUGCCGGUGGUCUCCUCGUCCUGCUUGUUGCUGGCGUGUUGUUGUUCAAGCAAAGACAGCGACGGCAUCAAAUGAAGCGAGACGCUGGUCGCAAUACGACGCAGCUCAAUAUCUUGAGCAGUGUCAACUACGAGGAACACGAGAGUCCAGACAAGCUGAGCAAUGUCAUGGAGUUGGGCUCUCACCACCGGCAUACGAAGAUCUGGGACGACGACAUUGUUGUAGCUGCGCGCGUUCCUCGGGACCAUGUCAUGGUUCAACAGCUCCUGAGUCGAGGGGGCUAUGGCGAGGUCUACAUCGGUCGAUAUCAAGGGCGACAGGUUGCAGUCAAGAUGCUCCUUCCGGAGAAGAAGAAGGAGAUGUCACAUGUGAAUGCGUUCCUCUGUGAGGUCAAGUUGAUGGCGUGUCUGGACCACCCGCGGAUCGUGACGUUCAUUGGGGUUGCUUGGGACCAGCUCGUGGACAUUUGCGUGGUCUCUGAGUACAUGUCUGGUGGCGACCUCAAAGCUGUGCUCACCGAGUACGAGAACCGUGACCAUCCAAUUGGGUUUGACCACAUGAAGGUCAAGAUCGCGCUCCAUGUGGCCACUGCCCUGACGUACUUGCACUCGUGCUCGCCGCCCGUGAUCCACCGGGACUUGAAGUCGAAGAACAUUCUACUCGACGAGUCGAUGAACGCCAAGGUGACGGACUUUGGCAUCUCUCGAGAACGCAUUGACGCGACUAUGACAGGCGGCGUCGGCACGUCGUUCUGGAUGGCACCUGAAGUCAUGAUGGGCGAGCGCUACGACGACAAAGUCGACAUGUUCUCGUUUGGCGUCGUGCUGUCCGAACUCGACUCGCACGUGUUGCCCUACGCGUCUGCGAAUCGAAGCGAUACGAACAACUCGUCCGGGACGCGAAAACUCCCAAGCGCAGCGAUCUUGCAGAUGGUGGCUGCUGGUAUCCUGCGCGUGGAGUUUUCGGACGCGAGUCCUCAGUCAAUUGUCGAAUUGGGUCUCGCAUGUGUGUCACUGGAUCCAAAGGAGCGACCAACUGCAGCGAAAGCCAUGCAAAAGCUCCAGCGGAUACUGGCGGAAGAAGUGUAA